GAUAUAUAGGCACGCCUCGGUUAAUGGAUAUGUUUUCAGAAUCAGCAUGGACACCGCCCUGAUUAUUUCUUUACUUAUUUUAGGAUUUUUUACUACUGAAAAUGAGUGUCAAACCAGUCUCUGCAAAGAACCAAAUCGUCCUAAAAAUGGACAAGUAAACUGUGUCGACAAUGGGAGUGGAGUAUUGGAAUGUUAUGCCACAUGUAAUGGUGGAUUCACCUUUCAGACUACGUCGGUAGAGUUUCGUACCUGUAAUCAGAAAGAUGGUUCCUGGUCUGCUGGGAAUACCUUUCCUGAUUGUAUAGAUUCUGGUUCAAGAUGUCGGUCGUUGUCACCACCAAAGAAUGGAGUUGUUAGAUGCGAAUCAGUCAACACACAGCUGGUUUGCAUAGCUGAAUGUGACAGACAGCAUAUGUUUCCUACAGGACAAGCAGCACUAAAGCGGGUUUGCAAUGCAUCCGUUGGUUGGCAAUCAACCGAUCAAAUACCUGACUGUAAAGCUGGUUGUAGUACUCAGUAUCUUAUAUCAGGAAAUAAAAACAUCACUGAUUCUGACUUUACAACGUCUUCAAUUCUUUCUGAAAACCAGAAUACAUAUUCGCCGAGAAAGUCAGAUCUAUUUUGUGUAAACGAAUGUGGAUGGAGGCCAUCACGAUCUGAUCUAAACCAGUUCGUACAGAUUAACUUACAAAAAGCAGGUAGCUUACUUGGAAUCACAACCAAAGGCAUCUCUGUUGGACCAUCUGAACUUUACGUCACACGGUUUCGAAUUUUACACAGCAUGGAUGGAAAAAUAUUCACUCCCUAUAGUGACGAAAAUGUUACAGACAAGUUCUUUUCUGGCAACACAGAUGCAUAUUCCCCGAAAACGCAGGUAUUUAGUUGUCCUUUCGAAGCCCAAUACAUCCGGAUAAAUCCCUUAGAAUGGCAUGAUGGGAUAGGGUUACGAUUUGAUCUUCUAGGAUGUGACAUCGAUUCAAUACCAAAGACAACCGUGCGACCACAAACACCACCACAACGUGUGACAACAAUAUCCACUCAAAGUACUCCUCAGCCAGACACAGGUAUAACCUCAGGUGCUACAGGAAAGACAACUCUACUGCAACAGCCAUGUUCACCCGUUCUACCUCCCCCAAAUGGUGUUGUCAACUGUCAAAAGACUUCAACUGAACUGUCUUGUACAGCAAUAUGCAAUGAUGGUUUCCAGUUUACUACAACAAAAUCACUUAUACAGCUGACAUGCCAAUUACGAACAGGAACGUGGAGUAACGGUGAAAAUUUCCCUGCUUGUAUACCAAACCGUCGUCAACCUAUAACAGAAAAGCCCUCUAACAAUAGAAAGUGUGUCAGUUCACAAUCUGACUGUAACAUAUAUGGUAAUGGGGACUAUAACACAUGUGGUGAUUGUCGUUAUUUCGCUACUUGCUCAGAUACAUUAGUGUACAUCAGAUCAUGUCCGAACAAUUUAAUGUUUGAUUCUGUAACUGGAACGUGUCAGUUUUCCUCCAACACAUGUCAUUCAAGUAGUGGACUUCCCUUCGGAUAGUGUUGUAUAUUUUGUAUAACGUGAUAGGUUUUUGCUUUUAAAGAUAUUUUGACAGUUAUAACAUAAACUAGUAUGUACUUUUUUGUUAGCUGUUUUUGUUUUUGUAAAUGCUCUCUUUUCUUGUCUUUUUUUCUUGUGUAAUUAGUUUGUACAUAUAUAUGCCGCGUGUAUUUUAAAAAAGUGUAUAGAAAUAAUUAUUUAAUUUGCCCGUAUUGGAUGAAUAAUAAAGAUAUGAUUGAAACAAUAUAAAAAAACGGGGGCUUUUAUUGCUGAGCGUUGCGGAUGAAUUUAAGUAAUUUUGGAAUCAAAGAAGUUUGGCAAGGAAAUCGGUUAGUUUACUCUGAUGAAGAAAAAUGUCCAUGAUGAAAAUGCAUACAAUAAUCUUCUGUAUAUUUGAAUGAUAAACUAUAAACCCCUGGUUCAACAUACUUGUAACUAUGAAAAUAACUCCAACUUUGUUUUGGGAAAGAACGUAUUAGGUCAUACAGUUAAGUAUCGACACAAACAUGAUCCUCGCUAAAUCGUCUCGUCCAAACUCCAAAAUUAAUAUGUCAAAUGUCAAACAUCCUCAUGUCUUUAUUAAAGUUUGCUAAUUCAACUAAAAAUUUAUACCUAU